AUGCAAACAACGGUCCCGGGAAAGAUGAACCCCUUUGACCUCCUGACACCUGCUGGCAUGGCGUUGGCUCUGUCGACGGUGCUCAAUGGCAAACGGGGCAGCUUCUUCGUGAUGUGUGCCACGGUCUGCAGUACCUUUGUGCCCAUCAACAAGGGCACGUCAAAUCGAAGCCUAACAGACCCUCUGGGAGAUACUACACACAAAAGCGUUCGCAUCGGAAACCUUCUUGCUUCCCGGACCGCACUGAUCCUGCUGCUGGUUUCCAUUUGUGGUGGCAGUUGGCUCCUGGAACAGCCACGAGGGUUUUACCCACCGGCCUUUGGAGUGAAGCUUCUUCGGCUAUUCAACCGAUUCUUGAAGGCCGCCGAAGCGAAGCUUGAUGCCUUGAAAAGGCAGCAAUCCUCGCAGUCGAUCGAGGACAACGAGAGCUUGCGACGACGGCUGAGCUCAACGAGUGUGGAAGCUGACCCAUCCCCGGUUCCUGCGAAUCCCAAGCCCACCUGCCCGGUGGGAGGAGGUGUGAAGAAGGGCGCCAGCAAUCCUCCGCCGGAGACAGAAGGGGCUAAGGAAAACAGGUUGCGAAGAAUUUGCGAAAGGAAACCCUCUGGCCGGAUCAAUGUUCCGGAUAGCAUCCACGAGCAGUGGGCCAAGGGAGGGGCAGCCAAACGAGCCCUGAGGGAUGAGCUCGAAAAGGUCGGUUGGGACAAGGACUUCAUGCCGUACAUCAACGAUGUCUGCAAGUUCUGCGAGAAGGACAAGUCACUGUGGAAGAAGGACAAGUACAACAAGAAGCUCAAGAAGUAUCUUGUUGAUGUUGAUGACGAGGAAGAGUCGUACGAGCAUGAGGAAGAAAAGGAGGUGGCAGAGGAUGUGGGAUCCGGGGACCGUGUGGACUUCAAGAGGCUGGGCAAGCAAAAGCCCGCUGAAGUUCUGGAUUCCGAUGAUGAGAGCGAAGACGACAAGCAAGCCUUCCAGUCCUUCAAGAAGUUUGGUGAUGCUCUGCUGACCCGCAAUGGCAAGAUCGAGGAUCUGGCUUCUGCUGUAGAAUCCUACGUGUCGGAGCUGGAAGAUGGUUCCAAUGAUGCCAAACGUGUCUCCAAGUUGCAGCACCACGAGCAUCAGAUGGCGUUUGUCGUGCGAUCUGUUUCCUGUGCUGAGGCUCCAUGCAACCACGCUGUGGAGCAGGCCAAGGCUGCUCUGCAAGAAGCAGGUGGAGUUGGGACACCUGCUUUGCAUGAGUUUGCAGCAAUCAAACUAAAUGAUGCAGAAGGUCCGUGUCACAAACUGUUUUACAAGUAUGGUCUCAGUGCGGAUGUUGCUAUGAAAACGAUGGAUGUUGGGACUGGGGAGCUCAAGAACUUCCCAUAUAUCCCGUUUUCAGAGUGGGUGAAGUUUCUGUUGAACAACGACGAAGUUGAGAGGCUGGUUGGAGUGCCAGCAACAGAGAGGCCAGAGCUUCUUGAAGAGUUCUGGUGCAGGUAUGAGCAGUUGUACCCUGCUCAUGACAUAUUCCGCCUCAGCCGCGAAGGACGUGUCAGCCUUCGCCAGACCAUACCUGUUUAUUGUCAUGUGGACGAUGGGAGGACCUACAAAUCCAAAGGAUUGUUUGUGUUGUCGGUCCAUGGAGCUCUAGGCCAAGGAACCGCCGCAUACAAGCGCCGUCUUGGAGUGAAAAGGACCAUCAUGAAAAAGAACCCCAUGGGCAUGAACUACAUCGGGAACACGUGGGGAACACAUUUCUUUUUCUGUUCGUUGCUGAGACAAGCGAUGGCAGAUGAUGUUACUUUGCUCGACAAGGUUCUUUCAGUGUUUUCCAAAGACAUGGAGGACCUCGCAAUCAAGGGUGUCCAGAACACCCGGGGAGAUGCUCGAUUGCAUGUGCAGCUCCUUGCAGUGAAGGGGGACCUCCCGGCACUGUCCAAAGUCGGGUCCUUUGAGAGACACUACCUUCGAGCUCCAAAGCGUGCAAACUCGAAGACUCCUUGCAUUGGGUGCUGUUGGUUAUGCCUGGCCGGCCAGGAGACUCCGAGGCACAUCCCGUACGAGGACUUUCGUGAUUGCUCUGAGUGGCGCCGCACGUUCUUGAGUGACAAGCCGUGGCUCGCCCGCCCGGCCAUAUUGGGCUCCCUGCCACUUGAUCAAACAGCUGAGCCAAUGUUUUUCAGAACUGACCUUUGGCACAAUUGGCACAAUGGGCUCAGCAAAUACUUCAUCGCCAUCAUGAUUCACAUGUGGAUUGUGACGCCAGGUUUGAUCAAUGCUGGCAGCAUCGAGGAGAAGUUCAAGUUUGUGACACGAGACUAUUUGAGCUAUUGCUCCAGGGCAAGAAUCACACCGUACUUGAAGGAAUUCACUCGUGAUACGAUUGGGUUCGACAGUGCAGAAAGCCAACCACACGGCAGUUGGAACAAGGGCGUGGUGUCCACCCACCUCAUGCUCUACAUCCAAGAUUUUUGUUCUCGUAUUGUGGAUGGCAAGUUUGAUGACGACUACCUUUUGAGGACGCUGGCCCCCCUUUGUGCAAUCAGUCUUAGGUUUUUCUUUGCUCGACUGUAA